UACCCAUUGCAUCGGACGUGUUGAAUUACAGAACUGAAUAGCCGACGGAAACGAAUGUGUAGAAACCUGCCCCUCCAAAAUAGUACGUUAUUCACUCUGUGGUCAGUAGACUUGUCUCUACACUUGACGGUUUGGAGUUGGAUAUUCGAUACAGCCUGUGGAACUCAACUCCUCUUUGUAAUUUGAUUUCCACGAAACCAUCACUGCCCAACACCAUGUGCUACAGGCACGGUCACUGAAAGGCACUGCCGGAGUGUCGAGGUGUAUGAGGUGUGAUGGCGUCGUGCUCUGAGGCCUGUAACUCAGGGUCUGGAUGUGGGGCAGGGUCCUCAGGCUGUGAGGUAGGUUCUAGCUGUGCCUGUCUGCAGUUUGGGGUGCGUUCCUACCUGCACCAUUUCUAUGAGGGGUGCAGCACUGCAUCAGGGUGGGAGAGAGACCCUGAGGGAGUGGGGGACGUCCAGACCUUGAGAUCGCCCCUGAGGUGGAGCUCAGCACUCUGGAAGGUCUCUCUGGCCCUUGGUCUCCUGAUGGUGACCUCUGGUCUGGUCAGUCUGUCCGUGGGUUACUCCGGCCCCACCAGGAUCGAGUCCUUCGGGGAGGGGGACCUCCUCUUCAUAGACACCCAGGCUGUCAGUUUUAACAGGGGUCUGCAUCACUGCGUGGCGGCCGGGAUCGGUCUCACCUGCCUGGGAACGGGUCUGACCGUGGCGGGCCUCCUUUUCUGGUCCUUCUCCAGGAGCCGAUUGAAAGAGAGGCUAUAUCGGAGAGAGAUAGAGAAGAAGGGAGGGAUAGAGGGGGGGGCACAGGGAGGAGGACAGGGGGAGAUGGGGACGGCUGUUAUGAAGGCCCCUGGAGCAGGGGAGGGGAAGGUGCCUGCCACCCUGACCAAAGUGGAAACGGUCCAGCCAUCAGGAAGAUAAUCCCCAUAGGUUUUAAAAGGUCUUUAUGUGGUGCACAUGUGUCCUCUUUUAAAAUGAGCUGAAUUUAGUCAAAUCGCACAUGUUGAAAAGUCUAUAAGCUAUAUAAAUAAUGGUCACAUGUUGAAAAGUCUAUAAGCUAUUUGAAUGGUGGUCUUGAUAAGGAGUGAUUUGGUACAACUCUCAUACAUUUGUUCUUUGGAUUUACGCAUCAAUGAUUUUUGCAUUGUGUUCCACCUCACUGUUGUAAAAUAUAAGAAAUGGACUUUUCUCAUGUCAUUUUAGAACAAUUUGGGAGACCAAUUUUACUCAAUUCCAUAGCACUUUUUCUCCUAAGAUGAAUUGUGUGUUGGGUAAAGCAAUCCGUGUGGAAUUGAAUACAUACAAUGCAUACAUGAAAAUACUGUAUAUAUA